CCCUAUGGCAAGCUUGAAAUCAAAUAUUUAAUGAGUCUCCUACAAGAUUUACAAGUCAAUUCGCAGAACUUACUCCGUAAAAAAUAUUUAAUAUGGUUGCGUCAUUAUUUACUUUCAUUUGCUCGUGUAUGCCCUGAUAAAAUCCUGUAGAGAUAUAAAAGUAAAAAAAAAUCACUCAGUUCGUACCUACACCUACAAUUAUGAAGACGGUUUUUGGAAUAACUUUCGUCUGCCUGUUUUUCGGGACUAUCGCGUUAAGCGAUAGAGGUAUGAACAAAUUAUCACAAAGGGGUCUAAAGGAGUUCUGGUCAUGCGUGACCAACACUUUAUUAAGUAUGGUAGACCUCCCCUUAGAAGCCGUGGGAUCUGCACUGAAUGAAACGUUCAGCGGAGUUGGAGAAUUUGCACUCUGUGCGCCGAUGCUGGUAAAUACUAGCUCUGUUAUAACCGGCACAACGCUUAAGGCAACAAUCGACUGCAUUCUGAAGAACGGUGUCGGAACUAUAUUUACGGUGAUUAAGAUCUUACUACCGGCAGCUGGACAGUUAGUGUUCAAGAAUCUUUUUCAAUUGGUGUUUGAUUGUCUUAAGUUUUUGUUUCAAUAGUACCACACAAAUGACUAUACCAACUACUGAGAUUACUUGUAAUGUUACAUUAAACGAUUAUGGCAAUUUUUUGUGCCAAGAAUAAAAACUUAUUGCUGAUCGUCCCUAAAA